CUGAGUGGCUGUGGCAGUGCCAUCCUGAAGCGGGAGACGAUGCGCCCCUCGAGCCGGGUGCCCCUCAUGGUGCUGUGCGAGAGCCACCGGGCACGAAUGGUCAAACACCACUGCUGCCCUGGCUGUGGCUACUUCUGCACUGCUGGCACGUUCCUGGAGUGCCACCCCGACGUGCGCAUCGGGCACCGUUUCCACCGGGGUUGUGUUUCCCGCCUGGGGGGGCUCAUCUUCUGCCCCCACUGCGGGGAAGACGCCUCCGAGGCCCAGGAGGUGACGCUGCCCCGCUCCGAGGGGACCCCCCCGGCCCCGGCACCCCCCGAACACCGGCCCAGGGGGGCACGGAGCGAUGCCCCCACCCCAAGUGCCCGGAUGCGGGGGCAGGGCGAGGGUCGGGCCCCCCCUCCAGACCCCCCCAUUGACUCCUCGGGGGGGCCGGUGCUGCCCCUGCCCUCGGGGGGGGCCCUCUCAGCCCGGGGGCUCCACCCCGGCCCCGCCCGGGACCUGCUCGAGAAGGCCCUGCUGGGCCAGGAGGCCGAGAGGCGGAAGAAGCUGCGGUUCCACCCUCGGCAGCUCUACGUGUCGGUGAAGCAGGGGGAGCUGGGCAAGGUCAUCCUCAUGCUGC